CGCCUCUGUGCGCGAGGAUCCAGCCAGUCAACGUCGAUUGGUGGAGUGUGAUUGAAGCCGCAGAAAAGGGAAACUACAGCAGCGGAGGAGCAGCAGCCAGAAAGCAGCCCCGCACAACCUUUGACUGAACGUUUCAUUGGAAAAAAACAAACAAAAAAUGGCGUACCACAGUCCAUACCGAGCUCCCCCGCACAUUAACGCUCCUCCGGACCAGAGCUUUCUGUGGAAUAUCUUCCAGAGGGUUGACAAGGACAGGAGUGGAGUGAUAUCGGACUCGGAGCUCCAGCAGGCCUUAUCAAAUGGAACGUGGACUCCUUUCAACCCGGUGACGGUCCGCUCCAUUAUAUCGAUGUUCGACCGGGAAAACAAAGGAGGCGUGAACUUCAAUGAGUUCGCUGGUGUGUGGAAGUACAUCACAGACUGGCAGAACAUCUUCCGGACCUACGACAGGGACAACUCCGGCUUCAUUGACAAGAACGAGCUCAAGCAGGCGCUUACCGGAUUUGGCUACCGUCUAUCAGACCAGUUUUACGGGACUCUGAUAGACAAGUUUGACCGACAGAGGAAGGGACAAGUGGCCUUUGACGACUUCAUCCAGUGCUGUAUUGUACUACAGAGGUUGACUGAUGUGUUCAGGCGAUACGACACAGACCAGGACGGCUGGAUCCAGGUUUCAUAUGAACAGUAUCUUUCCAUGGUCUUCAAUAUAGUAUAACGGACCCGGACGACCACAGAAGAGCACAACUGGACACAACUGUGCCAAAAAGCUUCCAUCACUCUCCAAGAUGUUUGCCAUGGUGGACACUACAAGAUUUUUUUAACCUUAAUGUAGCUCUAUUGUUUAAUAUUAAAUUAUAAUUUAUAUUAUAAUAUUAAGCAAGAAUACUCAAAUACUUGAUGUAUAUAUAACAAAAAAAAUCUUGUAGUGGUUUGUUUGUCUUCAAGACUCCUGUUUGGGAAACUUUGUGGGCACGGCUCUCUUUCUUUCUUUUUAUUUGUUAACAUUUUUAAUGUUCCAACUCUAACUGAUACCAUUUGAGAAAGAUCUCUAUAGAAAAAAAAUGUAAAUAUAAAUUAAAAUGCAUUGCAUGCUUUUCAGGGAACCUUAACCCCAUGUUGAAGCACGUUUUCCCCUUAACUUUUUCCUUUACCUUAUUUUGCUCAAAGCCAUGUUUACAAUAACUGUGAAAGCAGACGAAGCGCUGCUUCAGGAUUCACUGACAUGCCAGCUUACAUGCCAUAUUUGUAUAAAUUUAUUUUUUAUUAGCUUAUCUUCAAUUGUUCAAACGUAACUUUGGUUGGAGAGUAAACAUAUUGCCUCAGUCUUAUUUUAUGUGCAUGAUGCCUUAAAAUGUGUUAAGAAAUGAAACGAAAAACAAAUGAAAAAACUUUUUAUUAAAAAAACUGCCAGCAAA